GGGGGGGAGCCCGGAGCCCGUCCCGAGCGGCCCGCGCCCGCCGUCCCCGCGCGGCGCCCCGGCCGCUGCCGUCGCUCGUCGCUCGGCGCUGGGGCGCGGCGGGCCGAGCCGGCGGCCGCGCCUGGAAUAUGGUCGGGGAAAUGGAAGCGAAGGAGAAGCCGAAGCCCAGCCCGGAUUACCUGAUGCAGCUCAUGAACGACAAGAAGCUCAUGAGCAGCCUGCCCAACUUCUGCGGGAUCUUCAACCACCUCGAGCGCCUGCUGGACGAGGAAAUUAGCAGAGUACGGAAAGACAUGUACAAUGACACAUUAAAUGGCAGUACAGAGAAAAGGAGUGCAGAGUUGCCUGAUGCUGUGGGACCUAUUGUUCAGUUACAAGAGAAACUUUAUGUGCCUGUAAAAGAAUACCCAGAUUUUAAUUUCGUUGGGAGAAUCCUUGGACCCCGAGGACUCACAGCUAAACAGCUGGAAGCAGAAACAGGAUGUAAGAUAAUGGUCCGAGGCAAAGGCUCAAUGCGGGAUAAAAAGAAGGAGGAACAAAAUAGAGGCAAACCCAACUGGGAGCAUCUCAAUGAAGAUUUACAUGUACUGAUCACUGUGGAAGAUGCUCAAAACAGAGCAGAGAUCAAACUGAAGAGAGCUGUUGAGGAAGUGAAGAAAUUGCUGGUACCUGCAGCGGAGGGAGAGGACAGUCUGAAAAAGAUGCAGCUGAUGGAGCUGGCGAUUCUGAACGGCACCUACAGAGAUGCCAACAUUAAAUCACCAGCCCUUGCCUUUUCUCUUGCAGCAACAGCCCAGGCUGCCCCACGGAUUAUCACGGGGCCCGCGCCUGUUCUCCCGCCCGCCGCCCUGCGCACCCCUGCGCCAGCCGGUCCCACCAUAAUGCCUUUGAUCAGACAGAUACAGACCGCUGUCAUGCCAAACGGGACUCCUCACCCAACUGCUGCAAUAGUUCCUCCAGGGCCUGAGGCUGGUUUAAUCUACACGCCCUACGAAUACCCCUACACCUUGGCACCAGCUACAUCUAUCCUUGAGUACCCUAUUGAACCUAGUGGUGUAUUAGGUAUGGCUUUCCCAACGAAAGGCUAAGAAUUCAAGAACGGUCUUAACUGAACCCUCAUCAGAUCUGAAUUUAACAAAUGCUUAGUCUCAGCCAGCCUUCGGGGUGGGGGGGUGGGGGGAAGCUUAGCCUAGCAGUCAGUGACUUACUUGCACUUUUUUGCACACUGAUAGAAAGUAAAAAUAUGUUAAUAAUUUGGUUUAGUCUGUAAUCUUACAAAGUAAUGGUAAUUUAUAAAGGAGUGUAUAGUAGUAUACUGACUGCUAAGUGUACUAUACUGUUUGCUUUACUAAUCACCUAAUUCAUUGCAGUUCAUACUUAUUGACUCAAAGUUUAAAACCACAAUCUGUAGGCUUUAAGAAUUGCUUUUAAACCUUUUUAAGUGAUAAGCUCUGGAAGUGGUCUUAAGGUUAGCAAAUAAUUGUCAGUAUUAAACAUGGCAUUAUUGAAGUAGUCCUACUGCAAGAAAGGCACUUCAGUGAAUAUGUGACUAGUAAAGCUUUUAAAUAGGUGUGACUGAUAGAAUUCAUGAAAUACUGUAACUUGGGAUUGUAAAUGGACGAAUAAGAUGAGGUUAAGGCCAAGACUUCUGAAAUGAAUGCAAUAUUAAUAGACACAUAGAUUAUGCAGCAUAUGGUUGAUUUUUAAACUACUGUGCCUUAACGUGUUUCUUGAAGUGAAACUUUUGUAGUAAAUGAACAUUUGAAAUCCAUUUUGAUAAACCUGCUGUUACUGUUUGUUUCCCCCUCCCCUGUGAAUGUUUUCUAACUUUGUCUUGGUGAUUGCAAUUUAACUAGGUGCGGUGGCUACUAAAGUUCGGAGGCACGAUAUGCGUGUCCAUCCUUACCAAAGGAUUGUGACCGCAGACCGAGGUUAGUUUAGUUCUGCAGUUCUUGUGUUUAAGAAAUGCGUUGGGUGUCCAUCACAUUUGCAACACCACACCUGAUGAAAAAAUUACUGCUUGCUUGCAUACUAUUUGUUUUCCUUUUCUAAAUUAAUUUGUGAUAAUUGACAAAUUUAAGGGUUGGGUGUUUUGGUGGGUUGUUUUCGUUUUUCUUGCUCCCUUAUUUUAACUUAUUAAAUCCUAUUUUAGUAUGUGCUACGAUUUAUUCCUACUAAAACAUAAAUGAGUCCAUUUGGGGAGCUAUUAAAUUUUGAUGUUGCCUUAAUUAUUUUUCAGUAAUAAUUUUUGCUAAAGUUUGCUUUUUUAAUUGUUCGGAAAUUUUGGGUUGGUUUUGCAAAAUGAACUGAGCUGAUGGUGCUUUAAUGAGAGAAGUAAAGGAAUAUACGCCUCCUGUGUCCUUGUGGAGAAAACUGAAGAUUUAGUUUCCAUUUUCCUUUUUAAUGAGAUAUUUGAGCCACUGUACAAGCAUGAGGAUGUACUUGUCAAGCACUUAGCUGAGAGCAACAGAGUAAGGACUGUGAAGAUGAUUUUGAUGCAGUUGGAUUUUUUGUAAAUCAGCAAGUCCGUUCCCUUUUAUUCUUGCAUUCUCUUGCCAAAUGGAUCCUUCGAUUUUUGUCAUUUGCUGCUAAAAUACGCUAUCUGAAGGCAAAUUGUCUCAAGUUCUGUGGUGACACAAAUCCAGCUGUUUUGACUCUUUUUGAUUAACCUGUGACUGGAAAAUAAGUCUUCAUUUUUCUCCUUUUGAACAUUUGUGAUAGUGCCCUAUAUAUACACCUUUGGACCCUCUUAUAAAUUAUUGAGGAGUGAUAUUUUCGGUUUAUUGAUAUUGAAUUGUAAAUUUUUCAUCACAAGACACAAAUGUGAAAGUUGAAAAGGAUUGAAAGCUUUUACAAGUUUCUAUCCUGGCACAUUCACUACUGACUGGAUUUGAUCAAAAUCUCUGAUGUGAGUGGGGGAAAGUGAUGAAUGCACUCUUUAAUUCUACAUCUUCUAUGAAAGACCUCCCUGCUUUGCGUGGUUAUCUUGAAUACCAACAGAUACUGGACAUAGCUGAUUGUCCAGAUCAGACUAAGGUGGUAACUUCCCUCAAACGUUUAAAGUUACAUCUUAUUCAGCACCCUGCUUUGGAAGCACCUGGGAGCUUGAGUCUGACAGUGAAACAGCCCCAGGCUCUGUGAUCUUCUGUGGGGAGAAUAGACCUUGCCAGGGUGUUCCUGCACCAGAGUAAAUGGCAAACAUUUUUUUUAAGGUCACACUAAGUUUGAAGAAAGAUACUAUCCAUGAGUAAUUUGAGCUCCUCCCCCCCUCGCCCCGUCUCUCCACAAUGGUGUCUAAAGUAGUUCUAAAUCCGUAUUUUAAAGUUUUGUUGGUUUUUGGUCCCCCCUCCCCUGCCCUUUCCCUCUAUACCCCUUUUAGGGGGUUAUCUCAUAAUUUUGGUUUAAAAGAAUGAUUAUUGGCCUACUCAAUACUCCAGUGCCUUGAGUUAGUUGAAAAUGUUGGAAAUGAUGACACAUUCCAUGCAUGGCUCUUUUGUAGUUAUAUGCAUUUUCAUUAAAAUUUUAUUCAAUAUGAAAUGUCAGCAAACCGAAAAGCUACUUUUUUUUCUUCUUUAGCAGAAUACUUGUAUACUGCUGUUGCUAUACUGUAUGCACUCAUUGGGUCUAAGGGAGAUGUCGGAAAUCCUUCACUUAAAUUAUUUUAUGAUACUACUGUUUUCUCUAUUUUUGAGGUUUUUUAAAAAAUAUUUUUAAUUUUUGGAGGAAAGAUUAAUAGUAUAAUCAUUCACUUAAUGAUUUAAUGCAAGGAAACUCAGCCCUUGAACAUAUAACCAUGUAAUUCUAUAUGAGCAUUUAGAGUACCGCAUGGUUGACAAAGAGCUAGUUUUUUUAAAAAAACUAAAAAUAAAUCCAUUUCUUUACAUAUUUCAGAACCUAAUUUAAAGUUUUAAAAGACCAACUGAUUUGUUUUUUCUGUAAUGAACCAUAAGUGACUUUGCACAGCGCUUGCCAUACCUGUGUGUACUGUUGGAAGCCAGCCUUGGCAGAGGAUGGCCCCGGGUACUGGGAUACAUGCAUUCACAGUAGCUUGUUUCGUUUAUGUAUUUCGCAUUCAAAGAAACACUUCCAAAUUUUUCAGAGCAGUGAUGUUACAGAAGGCAUUGUCAUCAUUUGUGUAAGAAACUCAGUACGAUUUUAAUCAAAAUCUUAAGCUGCAGAAAAUAGUGCUCUAAGAUUCAGCGUUGCUGGAGCUUCUGUGAAGUAUUAUGACUACAUUAAACAUUUGCUUUCUCUGAUUUUGGAAUACAGUUUUAUACAAAAUUCCAUUUCAGAAAAUCAGGAGAGAUUUGGUCAAAUUGAAAAUACAGUAUUUUUGUAGUAUUUAUACUGUCCUAAAUGAUAGACUAUAACAGCAUUUAUUUGUUACUGUUAUAUGGAGGUAAAGCAGUCUAUUAUAUGGGGCAUUUCUCCUACUGAGUUUUUGAUUUAUGAAGUGGCACAGAAUCUACCUUUGCACUGAAUAGUAUCUCCUCAUCCACGCCUCCUCUGCAUUAGUCAUGGCAACAGUACAGAAAAUUCUUUCAAACCUCAGAAUAGAGCAGAAAUAAUUAAGCUGUUGAAUGAGUCUUAAAAAUCAUACUACUGUUAAGUGGACCAAGUUUGGUGAAGCAGAAUGUGACAGAGGUUAAUUAAGGAAGGGUGAACCUAAUAGGACCUUGGGAAUGAUAACUUUUCCACUUGAGAACUACUUUAUGUUUUACUGUAAUUUUUAAUUUUUUUUGUUUUGUUUGAUAUUUUGCAAAAGAAAAUAGUAUUUACAGGUGGCUUCUUUUAAAAUAUAAAAAUAUAAAGCAGGAAUGUAUAUGAAAUGUCAGAUUUUAUUGUAUUUGCAGAGUAUUAGCUUUGAAAUUGAAUAAAGAAAGCUGUUUGUAGUUUUAAAAUGCCUUAUUGGUAUCAAUUAGAAAUUUCUUCUAUUUUUUGAUGUACUUAGGGCUUUUUGAGUAUAGAAUUUUAAAUGGCAGGAUUUUACAGUGUUUACAUGCAAGUGCAUUUUAUAAGUGUUCUAUAUGUGUAAAAUAGUAUUUUCGACUGGAAAGUGUUGGCUCGCGCCAAAGGCCUGGCCUUUUCCGGUCUCCAUGAUGUUACCUGCACUGCUAGUCUAUAGUUUAGUAUUGCUUUGUAUCAUGAGGCCAAGAAAUUCCAUGUUGUUUGUAAAUAGAAUAAUUGAAAAAGCAAUAAACAUUUAUUGAACAAAAGAAA